AUGCCCAUCGCACACACAGGGAUCAAGGUCUCGGCCGCCCGGCACCAGGCAGUGGUAGCCUGGUACGAGGCCGCCCUGGCGCCCCUCGGCUACACCAAAGCCAUGGCCUUCCUCGACAACCAAGUCGUCGGAUUCGGCCCGUCCCCUGGGGAGGUCGACUGGUGGGUGACUUCGUCUGCCGCCGCGCCGCCGGGCGUCCCGCCGCCUGCCGACGCGGAUGUCGCGAGUGUGCUGCCGACGCAUACUGCUUUCGUUGCUAAGGAUCGGGCGAGUGUGGAUGCCUUCCACAAGGCCGGUGUUGCUGCUGGUGGGAAGUGUAAUGGUGGGCCGGGCGUGAGGCAGUCCGGACCGACCUACUAUGCGGCCUUUGUGUUGGAUCCGGCGGGGAACAACAUCGAAGCUGUUUGCAAUGCUGCGGAGUGA